GAGACGCUGACACACGGAGACAAACACAGGCAACGGGACCCAAGACCCAGCUGAGCAGAGCCGGGGGACAGAGGAGGGGCUGAGAGAGGCUGCAGAGGUGAGUCCAGGCGGCAGGCAGAGGCUGGGAUGGCAGACUCGUGCCGGAACCUCACCUAUGUGCGGGACUCGGUAGGCCCGGCCACCAGCACGCUGAUGUUUGUGGCGGGUGUGGUGGGCAAUGGGCUGGCGCUGGGCAUCUUGGGGACCCGGCGGCGGUCCCGCCCCUCGGCCUUCACUGUGCUGGUCACUGGGCUGGCGGUCACCGACCUACUGGGCACGUGCUUCCUGAGCCCGGCAGUGUUCGUGGCCUACGCCCGCAACAGCUCGCUGCUGGGCCUGGCCCGGGGCCGCCCUGCGCUCUGUGAUGCCUUCGCCUUUGCCAUGACCUUCUUCGGCCUGGCCUCCACGCUCAUCCUCUUCGCCAUGGCCGUGGAGCGCUGCCUGGCGCUCAGCCACCCCUACCUCUACGCCCAGCUGGAUGGGCCACGCUGCGCCCGCCUGGCGCUGCCUGCUGUCUACGCCUUCUGCGUCCUCUUCUGCUCGCUGCCCCUGCUGGGUCUGGGCCAGCACCAGCAGUACUGCCCGGGGAGCUGGUGCUUCAUCCGCAUGAGGUCCGCCCAGCUGGGUGGCUGUGCCUUCUCACUGGCCUAUGCCAGCCUUGUGGCCCUGCUGGUGGCCGCCAUCGUCUUCUGUAAUGGUUCCGUCACCCUCAGCCUCUGCCACAUGUACCGCCAGCAGAGGCGCCAUCAGGGCUCGCUGGCCCCCAGCCCCCGCGCCAGAGAGGAUGAGGUGGACCACCUGAUCCUGCUGGCCCUCAUGACGGGCGUCAUGGCUGUGUGCUCCCUGCCGCUCACAAUCCGGGGCUUCACCCAGGCCAUCGCCCCGGACGGCAGUGAGAUGGGGGACCUCCUCGCUUUCCGCUUCAACGCCUUCAAUCCCAUCCUGGACCCCUGGGUCUUCAUUCUUUUCCGCAAGGCCAUCUUCCAGCGGCUCAAGGUCUGGUUCUGCUGCCUGUGCCCCAGGCCUGAUGACCGCAGCGACUUGCAGACCCCCCUGCCCCAGCCCGCCCCAGAGGGGAAGGAUCCAAGGGCCAGUCCUGCUCUUGGGGGGAAGGAGGGGAGCUGGGUGCCUUUGCCAGUCUGGGGUGAGGGGCAGGGGGCUCCUCUGCCUCUGGUACAGCAACCUGGCAGCACCGUGGGAGUGCCGUCCAAAGCGGGGUCCUCAGCAGCCUGCCCCCUCUGCUGACAUCUUGAGCUGCCCAGGAUAUCCUGCGUUGUGUUCUGGGGUCGGGAGCCAGACAGUCCGGGGCAUGGCGAGUGGCUUCCGGUGGACAAGUAGAGAUGCACCCCGGAGCCCUUGCCUGCCAGAAACUUGACCCCCUGAAUUCAGGGGUGAUCAGCUGCUAUUUCUUCUCCUUCAGGGCAGCCAAGACAGGCUGUGGGAGAAGAGGGAGGGAGAGAGGGAACAUUUACCCUGGAGCACAAAAAGAACAGUUCUCUCAAAAUACCCAGGGGCCUGGCCAGCCUGGUCUAGCCUUCACUUGUCCAUCCAUCUCAUUGUCUAAAUAUUUAGAAGGUGGAGAAGUUCCCAAGGGCUUCUGUGCACACAGGUCUGCCCCGGUUAGGGUUCCAGCCCUGAUGCUUCUCCCUUUGGGGUGUCCUGGCUGCUCACCCCAAAUCUCCAGGGGAUGGCCCUGCCCUCUCCCAGGCCACUCCUACAGCACCCCUCUGUCUGCCUCCUGGGAACCAGGGAUUUUUUGGGCCAGCUCCCUGCCCUGCUCACUUCUGCUUCCCUGUCAGCCUCAGGAGCUCUGGCCCUGAGGGAGGGCGGAGGAAGGGGAGACUACCGCACUGGGGGUGAUGCUGCUGGGGCACGUGACUGGGAAACAGCAUGGCUGGCGGGCUGCAAGACCAUGGGGGCACGGGUAGGGGAAGAUAGAGGAGCUGGAGGAUGAAGAGGUGGGAGGUGUGGAUCCUAGGGACCAGCCAGGGACACAGUCCUAGUCCUGGGCCCACCUCCCUAUGGAGCCUGCCUUCACUUCCUGGGUCCUUGGAGCCCGUGGGGAAAUUUCAUUCGUUCACUCAACAAAUAGUGCGCCCUGGCUGUGCCAGGUGUUGGAGCCACAGACCAGUCUCUGUUCCACCUCAGGGUGAUUUCCAGCCCCCAACCCUUCACCCUUCUUGCCAUUGCUGGGGCUCAGAGAGGCCCAGAAUCAAGGAUACCCGGGAGUGAGCCAAUCAGCAGGAAAGGAAGUGAUGCUUAGGGUGGUGGGUGAAUGGGAAAGUCCUCCUCCCCACCCGCUGCUAGCCCCACCCAGUUCCCCUUUCUCAUUAAUAAUUCUGCACCUUGGGAGGGGUGAGGUAGGUGAGGCGUCCUAGAAAGAUAAUGACUGCUAACAUCGGUGAGCCCCCCUCCAUGCCUGGUGCACCCUCUCACCCCAGUUAUUAUUAAAGCCUUUCUACGGAGGCUGGAAUCAAGGUCCAGAGGGGGCAAUCACUGGCUCCAGGUCACACAGUGAGGAGGAAGCUCGUUUUGAGGGUGGAGCUGAUGGAUCUUACUUUCCAUGUCCAGCGCCCAGCUUGUGUGUUUGGCUGGUGGCUUUGCCUUUCUGUGCCUUGGCUUCCUUGAGUGUAGAACAGAGAUUGUAACCUACAAUUUUGCUUACACAGUUGUGCGAGGAUUAAACGGUCUGAAAAGCAAUGUAGCACAGGGCCUGGAGUAAAGCCCACAGUAGAUGAAUGGUACGGUUAUUGCCGCUGCCGUCCUUGCUAUCUAUGGUCUUUGGCUCUCUGGGCAAACGUGGUUCGAAAAAGCAAUGCUUUGCUCCAUUGUUUUGACUUUUGUUUUCAGUCAUUGUGAUUCAAAUCACAUCACAAAGAACAAGGGGUGUCUGGAUGAGUUAAAAAUAGGUCAAGAUGACUGUUCGAUGGGCAUGGGCUUCCUUCUGGGGGGAUGACAAUGUUCUGGAACUAGAUCGUGGUUGUACAACAUUGUGAAUAUACUAAAUGUCUGUGAAUUGUAUACUUUAAAAUGGGAAAUUCUAUGUUAUGGGUAUUGUACCACAAUAAAAAACAUGUAAUA